AUGACGCAGGCAGGAAAGAGAAUACCUAACCAUCCAAGCUCCGCGCCCCAUGGUUUCUUGCUCUCGCCACAUCACCCACUGCAACCUACAGAUUGCCAGUGGCCGGUUCUGAUGCAAGACGACCAGCGGCCCAUAGGCUCAGCCUUGACCGGACCCUACCCAGUACAGUUCAAGGUGGCUAUUCCGCGUCUUUCUUCGCGACGCGCUCUGCCAACAACCACUUCCAAGUCACGUCCGAGAGACCGGGUCCAACUAGCAUGCCGCAACUGUCACAAAAGAAGUGGGUCGUGGCAUCUACACCCUUCACCCCCAGCUAACCAGACAUUUCCAGAAAUCAAAUGCAGUGGCGGUCUUCCCCGGUGCAACCAUUGCGACAAGACUGACAAGCCCUGUGUUUAUGAGCGUCCACGGAGAGACCGCCUGGCUCUUGCCAAUGCACGCAAUGAUGCGCUAGUCUCCAUCCUCAAGGACCUUAGUCUGCGUCUCGAAGGCGAUGACAGGCAAAGAUCCGACGACGAAUCCACCCCGCCAGCCUUCACACCCUCUUCCUCUUCUCAGCUAUCCGUCGCCUCCUUGUACCAAAAGCAAGAGCAUUCGCACUUACAGCCUACUACUACUUCUUCCUCGACCCAGGUUCUAGGAUCAUCAAUCGACUGCAACCAAUCAUCACUGCCCCGGUUAGACGGUAUCCUCCCCGACGAGUCAGACGAUGAAGGUGAAGAAGCAGUGGCAGAUCUCUUCGAUGUAGUUGAAGUAGGGUUCCCAAGCCAGGUAUCUGAAGUUCAAUGGCUGCAGAGCCUCAGAAACAGGGUCCAGGUUGUCGGCCCCCUCGGCCUAGAACCAACAAGUGCUUCAGUGCCCAUGGCAUUCCAGACACCUCCGGCCCCUAUCUCAUCGUCAGCUUUCACUACGGCCAGCCAGGUUCCCUCCUAUAUUGCCCCCAUCACCUAUUAUAUGGAUGACGAAGGUGACAAGAUUAUCCAUGGCGGCAAUCCUUUUGAGCUGCCCUCAGAACAAAUCGCAAGCUUUCUCUUCCAUUAUUUCAAACGCACUGUUCAGAAAUCUUUUCCAAUCCUACCAGCCAUGCUUGAGGCACAGCUGCACCAGUAUUACAGCCUGAGCUACAGCCACAAGGAAGUUCAUUAUCCACAGAACUGGUUUGCCUUGGUCAACCUCGUCUUCGCCAUUGGAGCCAAAUUCUCCCAUCUUAUCCAAAAUGACUGGCGCGCCGCUACUCUCGAUCAUGUCACAUACAUAUCACGUGCUUAUCAGUUGUUCGCAAUGAAUGAUUCUGCCUUUGGCUUCUCAACUCCAGAUCUGUCUUCUACUCAGGCAGCUGGUCUUUUUAGUAUUUACUACAUGAGUGUUGGCCAUUUCAACAGAGCCUGGAUGAUGGCCCGUAGAGCCAUGCAAUCUGCACUUUCCCUGGGACUCCAUGUUCAACAGGAGGACCUUUCCAUGUCUGCAGCCAGACAGCAAAGUCGAAUAGACACAUGGUGGAGUCUACAUGCACUAGAGAGCCUCUUGGGCUCAAUCACGGGCCGCCCAAAUACUCUGCCAGGUGAUGAAAUCACGACUCCUUCAUCAAAAACUUUUUUUGACACAAUAUCCAGCGCCUAUGGACAAGGUGCUCCCAAAAUAACAAACAUGGCGUUCCUAGACGCUGACUCUAGCUUACACAUGCUAACGCAGCAGGUAAUAUACAGUCUGUAUACCCAACGAAAACUGGUUCCCCCAUGGUCUCGCGUCCAGCAGACAAUGGUUGCGUUGGUAGGGGAUUUGGACAAAUGGGUUGUGGAUUGCGUUCCCCACUUGCAUUCGGAAAAUUCGGCCAUGGAUUACAACCAACAGCGUGAUAACUCUCUACUUAAAUUCCAGUACUACCGCGUCAAGAUCCUAAUGACACGCCCUUCGCUUCGUCGCAUCGAGCGCUCCACGGAAUCUGGGUCGGGUGAAUUCACCAGCUUGGACCAAUCCAUGGCCGAGGCCUGCAUUCAAGCAGCUAGCGAUGUGGUGGCACUUUUGGGGACAGUUCCUGACAUAGCGACUCUGUACGAAAAGGGGCCAUGGUGGACCAUUGUUCAUAACGUGAUGCAAGCGCUCGCUAUCUUGAUGAACGCAAUUGCAUGCCCAGACCAUUUCGCUGACUCAUAUUCGGUGUCGGCACACGGUGUACGACAGCUCGUUGGCUGGCUGCUUGCCAUGCGUGCGACCAAUGUCAUUGCGGCGAGGGCACACCAACUUGUGUAUUCUCUCGUCAAGACAUCAAACCCGCAGGUCUGGGAAAGCAUAGCAGAUGUUUUUCCAGACGAUGUUAGCAUGGUGCUUCUGCAGCCUUCUCCCGUCCUUGUCGACCCAAAGUACGUGCCGUGGCCGGCCAAAGAAUCGCCAAUUGAUGCGUUGUUUGAAUAUGAUCUGAACGACUUCUUUGUUUACAAUCACCCUACUUCGACGUGA